GCGAUGAAAACGGUCACACUAAAAAUAGCAAGUUGUGUGCGUGUGUAUUCAUUUGGCAUCGGGGCGAAGAAAAUAAACAAUUGCCAACGAAUAACUGGGAGUCCAAGUGAUCCGAUCCCGAGACCAGACCAAGACCAUGUCCGCCUACUACAGCCUGUACACGGGCGAUAACUACGACGACGAGUCGAUCGGCGACGAGCGCAGCGAGGAAGACACGGACGACGCCAGCGAGACCGAGUUCCGCAGCCCCAGCCGCUAUGGCGGCACCAAUGGCACCUCCAACAGCAACAGCAACAGCCUGGGCACCAACAGCGAACUGAAGGAGCAGAUGUACCAGCACAAGCUGCUCAAUCUGCAGAAGCAAAUGGAGGAACUGGGCCAACUGGUGCACCCAGAGUACAUAAAGCGCGUGAAGAAGCUUGACAACCAGCUAAAAGAGAGACGCCGCCUGAACGACAUAUACAAGGAGUACAUGCGCGAGUGCGUCGAGCGGGACUACGUGCUGGAGAAGAAGGCCGCCCAGAAGGAGUACGACGAGAAAAUGAUGGACCUCAAGGACAACCUGAUCUCGGACUUUGAGGACCGCAAGCGCCAGAUCGAGAACGAGCGCUUCAGCCUUGAGCUGACCAACGAUUCCAUGGAGAUCAAGACGACGGUCACGCGAAAGCUGCGCCGCCGUCCCAACGAGCCACUGCCGGUAAUAGAGAAGCGCCGCAAACCGGCCACCGGCCAGCUCCUCGUCUACCAGCUGGACGACAAGGAGAUCGAGUCGGACCUCAAGAUCAUCCAGCGUGGCAAGCCGCUGGCGCCAAAUGUCCUGCAGCAGAACGGCAUUGGCUCCUACGGUGGCGCCCAGCAGCAGCAACCUGUACACGGUCUGCUGGCCGAGCCGCCCGCCAAUAGCGGCUACGUGGAGACCCGCAUCGAGGACAACAAGCUGCUGUAUGAGCGACGCUGGUUCUGCCGCGGCCAGCAGAUCUAUGUGGAGGGCAAAGAGAUGAGCAAGUUUGCGGCCACCAUCACCGCCAUCGGCAACGAAGUGGUCUGGGUAAAGCGCACGAAUGAGACCAAGGUCAAGAUCAACAUGUCGCAUUUGGCCAAGGGGAAGAUCUCGAUUAAGCGGCGAUAGCUUCGCCGUCGGGCCGGGCGCUUCCGCAUCACGUCUGUCCCGCUACCUCGGUCAAGAGACAUAUUUUCAUAAACAUAUUGGUACGAACGCAGCCCUAGACUAGGUGUACAUUUUACUUAACGAAUACUACAAACUGUAAAUAAUGAAACACUUAUUUUUUAUACAAAACGAUUUUUAUUGAAUCUCA